AUCCAAUAUGGAGUAAAUCGGCGGAGUCGAGAGAUGGGGCUCGGACGGGGCGCCCUGCACCGCCUCCCAGGCGCACCUCCCCCGGCCGCCGACCGCUCCCCGGAACCGUGAUUGGCCCGGCCCCCCGGGGGCGACCCCGGGCCCAGCCCCCACCGCGGCUGGCCUCCUCCUCCUCCUCGCAGCAGUCCCUGCCGCCCCGAGGCGCGCUUGUUUUUCUCCUGCUCUCCCCUCCCGCGGUCCCCUGCCCAAAUCUCGCCCCUCUGCCUGCUCCGCGCCCGGGAGCCCCCGCCCGGCCGGCUCGCGGCGCUGCGGCGCGCACUCCCCGGAGCUUGCCCGUGCACCCCCUUCCCCAACCUUGCCGCGAGCUCGGGUCGCCCCGCUUCUCCUUCUGCCUCGGCGCCCCCUUCAUCUCUAGCUCCCCACCACCACCACCACCACCAAAUCAGGCGAUCUCGGAGAUGUGAAGUGGGGGUGAGCGGACAGGAAGAUGAAGGGAGCAAAGCUGCCCGCCUCGGGACAGGCGUCUAGGUGAACAAGAAAAUGACCGAAGAAACACACCCGGACGAUGACAGCUAUAUUGUGCGUGUCAAGGCUGUGGUUAUGACCAGAGAUGACUCCAGCGGGGGAUGGUUCCCACAGGAAGGAGGCGGGAUCAGUCGCGUAGGGGUGUGUAAGGUCAUGCACCCCGAAGGCAAUGGACGCAGCGGCUUUCUCAUCCAUGGUGAACGGCAGAAAGACAAACUGGUGGUAUUGGAAUGCUAUGUAAGAAAGGACUUGGUCUACACCAAAGCCAAUCCAACGUUUCAUCAUUGGAAGGUCGAUAAUAGGAAGUUUGGACUUACUUUCCAAAGCCCUGCUGAUGCUCGAGCCUUUGACAGGGGAGUGAGGAAAGCAAUUGAAGACCUUAUAGAAGGCUCAACAACAUCAUCUUCCACUAUUCAUAAUGAAGCUGAGCUUGGUGAUGAUGACGUUUUUACAACAGCUACAGACAGUUCUUCUAAUUCCUCUCAGAAGAGGGAACAACCUACUCGGACAAUCUCCUCUCCCACAUCUUGUGAGCACAGGAGGAUUUAUACCCUGGACCCAUACCCCAUGGACCAUUAUCACCUCGACCAGCGGAUGCCAAGGCCCUACCCCCAGGUGAGCUUCCCGGACGACGACGAGGAGAUCGUGCGCAUCAACCCCCGGGAGAAGAUCUGGAUGACCGGCUACGAGGACUACCGGCACGCACCGGUCAGGAGCAAGUACCUGGACACCUCGGAGGACGCGGACUCCUACGUGCGCUUCGCCAAGGGCGAGGUCCCCAAGCACGACUACAACUACCCCUAUGUGGACUCCUCAGACUUCGGCCUCGGUGAGGACCCCAAGGGCCGCAGCGUGAUCAAGACGCAGCCGCCCCGGGGCAAGUCGCGGCGGAGGAAGGAGGACGGCGAGCGCUCGCGGUGCGUGUACUGCAGGGACAUGUUCAACCACGAGGAGAACCGGAGGGGCCACUGCCAGGACGCGCCCGACUCCGUGAGAACUUGCAUCCGCCGAGUGAGCUGCAUGUGGUGCGCGCACAGCAUGCUCUACCACUGUAUGUCGGACCCCGAGGGGGACUACACAGACCCCUGCUCGUGCGAUACCAGCGACGAGAAGUUUUGCCUCCGGUGGAUGGCUCUUCUGGCCUUGUCUUUCUUGGCCCCCUGUAUGUGCUGUUACCUGCCCCUUCGGGCCUGCUACCACUGCGGAGUAAUGUGCAGGUGCUGUGGCGGGAAGCACAAAGCGGCUGCGUGACUCAGUUUCCCUUCCUUCUUCCCUGUCCCUCACCCACAGCCACGAGGGAACUUGUUAUCUUACACACUCUCAUCUGCUCCCCUGUUCCCUUCCACUCCAAGGGGCAGAGGAGAGCAAGAGGUCUCCUGGCUCCCCUGGUCCCUUGAGGCGCCAUUCCAGCCUGGGGAACCUGCCUGCCUGGUGGACUCUUCACUCCCCAGCGCCCACUGCGUCAGCCACACGCCCAUCCACUCGCUCGCACAGUGUUUUGAGGAAAGGAACCUUCCGCAUGGACUCGUGUUGUGUUACCUACCGUAGUCGAGCUAACUGUCUUAGCCAUGCCUCGAUGUUCUGUCGCUCCUCCCUGCCUCUUCCAGUUCCAAGGAGUCUGCGGUGGAAGCUACUGGGUUUGGGUGGGGUUUCCAGUUGACUUUUGCAAGAACAUCGAAGACUCCUGGGUGUACCGUGCCUGUUGCUAGCAAGCAGUAGGUCCCUGGGGAAAUGUGAUGUCAGAAUGAUGAAACCCUAUCACACGUAGUAUUGUCACCUGCAGGCGGCUAUCACGUGUAGGAGGUGAGCUAGUUAACAAUUUUGUACCACAAAAGUCUUGCUUUAUCUUUUCCAAAGCCAAAUUUCCCAUGUGAGCUGCACUUUUCACUCAUCCUCAUUUUCUCCCCCACCAAAUCUGUUGAAUUUACUAACUGAUGCAGAAUAUUCACCUGUAAAAUGACUGAGAAUUGAGCCUUAACUUCAGAUAAACUUGUGAGAAUCAGGAAAAAGUCCUUAAACUGCAUUGCAUCCUCUUGGUCCAGGGCUAGAAAGGGGAUUCCAGGUUUCUACAAGCCUCCCCAGUUUUCCCUAAAAUAGAAUUUUUUACAGUUGUGUUGCCACCACUUCUAAACACUUAGCAAUAUUAAGAUAACACAUUAAUGAAGUAAGAAAUUUUGCUCAUUGUUUUGCAAACCAAAUAUUCUAUUCAAAUACAAACCAAUGUUCUAUGAGCAAGUUCCAACUGAGAAACACCGAGCUUCUAGUGAAUAAACCUAUUGGAGCUUCCCCUCUCUCCCCCCAGUGACUUUUUUAUUAUCCAGGGGGAAUUUUAAACGUCAGACAUUUCAUUGAGAGUGGUGGGUUACGUUUUGUGUGUGGUUUACAUUUUUGUUUUCAUGGUGGACUCAAUUUCACAUCACCACAUUCUUCAUUUGUACUUGGGAAAAAACAAGGCCAUAUGUAAAAAACUUCCGAUGCCUAAGUGUCUUUCUCCUGCAACUCCACUCCCAGACUUGCCACAUUGGGUGCACAGAUGGUUUGGUCACAGACCGAUUCUACUGUCACCUGCCAUGUAGGAGGCUUCUAAUUAGCUGGGAAAGAGUAUUUUUCUAAUAUAUUACAAGAAAUAGCCAAAUCUUCUUACUGAAGAAAAAAGAAAAGUAGAGUGGUUACCUGGACCUAGCAUAGUACAAUCAACCUUGUGGAGAACACAGGGGGACAGGCUUGUCGCCGUUGGCUGUUCUUCCCACCACCAUCUUUCCAUGGUAAUUGCCAGCCAAAGGCAUAGUCUAGUCCCCCUCUCCUCCCCUCCCCUUCCCUUCUUUAUUGCACACAGGAUUUCAGUCUUCAAGGAAAGGGACUUUUUUCUAGCCUGCCCAUUGUCCUGGGAAAAUGCUAGCCAUGCUUACCUUCGUGGGAAUGUUUUCAGCUCGGCUGAGAGCCUGUCACAUUUCUUUAGACAGAUCAUCAGUGUAAAUACCCAGUUGCUUAUGAGUUAGUUGGUAGACGUUUUUUGUUUGUUGGACUGACUGGGGCUCUCCAGUAUGGAAAAGGAGCAGAGAGCUGUCCCUCCAGUUGGAUGGAAGGAAGGAGAAGCCCUUCCCUGCCAGGAGCACAUCUAAAAUACCCUCAGCCAGCCUCCAAGCUGUGAGAGACCACCUGCCCCAGCCUGAGGGAUCGCCUCAGGGCCUUUCUCUAAGGUCACCUCUGCAAAGCACAACACUAAUAUAUGUUUUGUCAGACCUCAGUUCAUGUCCCCUAUUUAUUUCAAGGAGAACACACCCAUACCAGCCACCUUGUGUUUGUCACCUCUAUUUAGUCAUUUCUUGUUGGUCUUCCUUUACCCUUGCCCAAGAGUUUCCAACCCUUUUAAGAGUUAUGCUAGCAAAUCUUUCUCUGCAUAUCCUUUUUGAUCUAUGAAGGCAGCGGUUAAGGGCACAAUGACAGCCAUGGGGACAUUGUGUAAAUACAUCUCUUUAAUCGCCACACUGCAGCUGAACAGUGUGUAGUAUUUUCCCAGUCAGCUUUGCCAUACUGACGUCAAUCAUUUGAGAGAAAUUAUUCAGAUUUUAUUUUUGUAUCUGUGGUAACAAAACAUUAACCAAAAGAUUCUCUGUUUAGAAGCUUCCUGGACACACCCCCACACACACCCCAAGCUAUUUGCUCUCAUUAACAAA